AACGUGACGCCACUUCCGAAACAUGGAAAAUACGUCUUCAUUACCCAUCGUCCCUCUGUUUGGUUGUUGGUUGUUUUUGCAGCAACAAGAGUGUUUUGACUAAAGUGUGAAAACAUUACUGGUGUGGACGGUCAGGUGUCACUAUGGGUGAGAGAAAAGGAACGAACAAGUACUACCCUCCAGAUUUUGACCCGGCCAAGCAUGGAUCGCUCAAUGGCUACCACAAAACUCAUGCUCUCAGGGAGAGGGCCAGGAAACUGUCCCAGGGCAUCCUCAUCAUCAGGUUUGAGAUGCCCUACAACAUCUGGUGCGAUGGCUGCAAAAAUCACAUUGGCAUGGGGGUCCGUUACAAUGCUGAGAAGAAGAAAGUGGGGAACUACUACACCACGCCAAUCUACAGGUUUAGGAUGAAGUGCCACCUGUGCGUCAACUACAUUGAGAUGCAGACAGAUCCGGCAACCUGCGACUACGUGAUAGUGAGCGGAGCACGCAGGAAAGAGGAGCGCUGGGAUAUGGCUGAAAAUGAGCAGAUCCUCACCACAGAGCGGACGGAGAAGGAGAAGCUGGAGACAGAUGCUAUGUACAAACUGGAUCAUGGUGGAAAAGACAAGGAGAAGCUUAGAAAGGCUCUGCCCUCUCUGUCCGAGAUCCAGGACCACCAGUCUGGCUGGAAGGAUGACUUCCAGCUUAACAGCACUCUCCGCAGGAAGUUUAGAACAGAGAAGAAAGUUCUGGCUGAGCAGGAGGAGAAGGACGAUGCUGUGAGGAUGAGGACUAACCUGUCCAUCCCACUGCUGCCAGAGAAGGAGGAGGACAAGAAACUGGCAGCACUUCUCACUUUCCAGGCACCUGACUCAUAUGAGGAAAAGCAGCACAGCAAGCGGAAAGAGAUCUCCUCUCGUUCAUGGUUCAGCUCCACCCUGUCCUCACCAGGAGGUGCUGCAGGCAGUCUGCUCCAUAAACUGGGCCUGCAGGGGAAAGAAGCAGCGGUGGCCAAAGCCCUCGGCUCCUCACACAGCCCGCUGAUCCGCAAACGCUCUGGAGGACCCGGAAUCAAAACUGAACCCUGCGCCACCAUCACCCGCAGAAAGUCAGACCCUGAAGUCAGCACACGUGAUGGAGAGUUUUCAAAGGACAGCUCAAACACAGUUGUUAGACCAACGCAAGAAGGCCAGAAAGUAACAGAGACAAAUAACAGUGUUAAAACCAAAGAGGAAGUGGAUAAUGGACUGAUAAAGGCAGAGGACUCUGAGAAAGACAAGGAGCAGGACAGAGGAGCAGUCACAUCCCUGGUGGCAGACUACAGCGACUCGGACUCAGACCCUGGACAAUGAGGCUGCUCUCUACAGAAGAGUUACAUGGGACAGUUUCAGUGACUGCAGGUCAAAAAGUCCAUUUCUCAUUCUGUGAGAAUGAAACACACACAGGAGGUGGUCAUCGCAGCCGCAUGCACGUCUAGUCAUAUGGACACGUUCUGAACAAAAUGUCUGGAAUCAGAUUUUCAUUAAAAUAAUGGGUUUUAUUUAUUUUCUGUUUUCUGGUGACAAAACUGAGAAAACCUUGUAAAAUUAAAUGUGAAAUA